UGUGUUGAACAAUCAAUUAGAUGUACUUGGUAGCAGUUCAUUUGGUGAAAAUAUUGUCAUUUUUAAAACGGAUUUUAAUGAGAUCCGGUCAAGCAAUUUAUCACUUUUCAAACGAUUAGUUGAUGUUAGAGAGAUGAAAAAUUUUUACCUCUUUGAAAAUCAAUUCAAUGAAAAUACUUUCAGGGAAAGAACACCCAAAGAAUCAAGAGAUGAAUAUAUUUACCGAUUAACAAUAAUCGCUGUUAAAUGGUAUGAGAAUCAUGUUGGAAAAAAGUGUAAACCAAUUUUAAUUGUUAACGAUGAGAAAACCAAAUCAAAAGCAAUCGCCGAUGGAGUUACUUGUUAUACUAUUGGAGAGUAUGUUGAAAGUUUACAUGAUAAUGUUGAACUUUUGGAUAAAAUUGUAAGAUUGGACGAUGAACCGAUGGAAACUGAUCAACAAUCAAUUGGAUCAACGAAAAAAUCAAAAUUCUUGUAUACAGAACAUGUUCCGUUAACAUUAAUCCAGAAAGGAAUCAAAGAUGGAAAAUACUAUCAAUGUAAAUUCAACACUAAUCGUGACAAUUAUCUGGAAGGAUCAGCUCAUAUUACUCUGAAUGGUGAAUCUGUAGUUUUAAUUAGUGGCCGUGAGAAUAUAAAUCGAGCUGUUAAUGAUGAUAUUGUCGCAAUUGAAUUGGCACCCAAAGAGGAAUGGAAAAGUAAAUCAGAUUUCGUGUUAACAGCUGAUCUAUUAACUGAAGACAAAGAUGAAAAUGAACCUGAAACCGGUAAAUUGGAAGCAACGGAAAAUGAGACUGAUCAAAGUGCUGAUGGACUUUUAAAAAGGCCAACGGGUAAAGUGGUCGGAAUCAUUAAACGCAAUUGGCGGCAAUAUUGUGGCAUAAUUAGGGAGAGAGAUGCUGUUAUUAUGAAAAACACUUUGCUAACUAGUCACUUUUUUGUACCAAUCGAUAGACGUAUACCAAUGAUUAGAAUUGAAACUCGUCAAUAUGAUACAUUGAAAAGUCAGCGAAUUGUUGUCGCAAUUGAUAACUGGCCAAGAGAUUCCAAAUUUCCCAGAGGUCAUUAUGUGCGAGCUUUAGGUCCAAUUGGAGAUAAAGAGACGGAAAACGAGAUUCUCCUAUUAGAACAUGAUAUUCCUCAUUUAUCAUUUUCCAAAGCGGUCAUGAAAUGUUUACCUAAUCCAGAUGAAUGGUCAAUUUCACCGGAAGAAAUUAGCAAACGGCAAGACUUUAGAUCCAAACCAAUCUGUUCCGUUGAUCCACCGGGAUGUACCGAUAUUGACGAUGCCUUACAUUGUAUUGAUUUGGGUGAAAAUUUGUUCGAAGUUGGUGUUCACAUUGCCGAUGUUUCUUCAUUUGUACUUCCCAACACAGCUUUGGACAUUGAAGCGGCCAAUCGAGGGACAACCGUUUAUCUAGUUGACAAUAGGAUAGACAUGAUACCCACCGUGUUGAGUUCAAACUUGUGCUCAUUAAUGGAGGCUCGAGAUCGUUUAACUUUCAGUAUUAUUUGGAAGAUGAAUAGUAAAACCGCUCAAGUAGUUGAUACACAAUUCUGUAAAUCAAUUAUAAAAUCUCGUGCUGCAUUGACCUACGCUGAAGCUCAGCUUCGAAUUGAUUCCAAAAAUAUGACCGAUGAAGUGACUAAAGGAUUGAGAAGAUUAAAUAAUUUGGCAAAAAAACUCAAGCAAAAACGUCUCGAUAAUGGAGCGUUGGUUUUAGCUUCUAUGGGUGAGGUUAAAUUUAUCGACGUGGACUCGGAAACGGCGGAUAAUGUUACCAAAAUUGAAUCGAAACAACUUCAAGAUACUAAUUCAAUGGUGGAAGAGUUCAUGUUGUUGGCCAACAUUUCGGUGGCCGAGAAACUUUACCAAGAAGUACCACAAUUGGCGCUACUUCGUCACCAUCCCAAACCAAGUCCAGCCAAUUUUGAUGAGCUUGUUCAAGCAGCUAAAUCACACGGAUUCGAGAUGGACGUUAAAGACGGCAAAUCCCUAUCGAAGUCACUCUCACUUGCCAAAGAUCCUAAAAAUUCAUUUCUUAAUUUAAUGAUCAGAAUGAUUACCACUCGAUGUAUGACCCAAGCCCAAUACUUUUGUUCUGGUAAAAUGGCCGAUCCAGAAAAUAAUUUCAUCCAUUUUGGUUUAGCUACACCAAUUUACACUCAUUUCACUUCACCCAUUCGUCGAUAUGCUGACCUGAUUGUACAUAGACUGUUAAGCCAUGUCAUUGGUGACACUAAUUUAGAUCCAGUACUGACCAAUUCCAAUAAGAUUGAAAGUCUUUGUGAAAACAUCAACUACCGACAUCAUCAAGCCCAAUUAGCAAGUCGAGCGUCAAUCAAGUUACACACUUUAAUUCACAUUCGAAGUGCGAAAAAGCCACUAACCGAAGAUGGUUACAUAUUAUUUGUUCGUAAAAAUGCCUUACAAAUUUUAGUCCCUCGAUUAGCAUUCGAAGCAACUUAUUUCUUUGAUAAUCUAACCGAUUGGGAAUACGAUGGAAUGACCUGUAGUGUAAAGUUCGCAAAGGACAACAUAACAUUGAAACAAUUUGAUCCGGUUAAAAUUAAACUCUCACUAAUUGACAAAAGUAACGAGUUUCGUAAAGGAGUUGAAGUGAUUCAUGUCCAACUGAUUCAACCAUUGAUUCAGUUAAAUGAAACUCAAGUUUCACCAUCAACAUGAUGCUAAUCAUUGGAAACUUUUUCAUAAAUAAACUUGGACAAUUUGUAUCAAUAACUUACAUGUAAUAAUAAUUUACUUGAUUGAUGAUGAUAGUUUAUUAUCUUCAAUGACAAUCAGUAUUUUUCCAACUAACAAUUAACAAUAUCCCAUUAAACUGAACGAAUCCUUUACCAAAUUUGUGACAGUUUUUCAAUCACUUGAUGAAAAUUAAAUGUCUUCUAAAUAUUUUCUCGUUA